GGCGCGUGGAGAGCGCGCGAGAGGGGCGGCAGGGAGAGGGGCGAGGGGCGCAGACACCCUCCACCGAGCCAUGGAUGAUCAAAGGCUUUUAAGACUGAUUUAAAUCAAAAGUCAACUUUAGGAACAACAUGCAACAGAAGACACCAUUUUCCUUUCCAACUUAGACCUAUGUGUUUCAGUUUCCAUGAAGUUGCCAAUCGAAGAAGUUUCGGAAUCAAGAGAAGUACUACCUGUCAACUGUUGGAUUAAUGCCUGAACCAGGAUUCUGGAAUCAUCCUACAAGAGUCGUAUACGUUUACACGCGUACUGUGACAUUGUAUGGUGGAAAAUAUGAAUAUUUCAAUAAGAAUAUGGAUUCAUGAACGUAUUUAUAAACAUUUUGGGACAACAUUAGACGAAGAGGAGUAAAGGUGAUAACAGUAUCAAUUUCGUCUCCCGACUUCUUUGAGGGCAAUUGAUUUAUUAGUAUCAAGUGAUUUGAGCUGAAGUCCACUUCGAGUAGUAGAAACAUGAGUGGGGGCAGGUUUGAGUUUGAUGAUGGUGGGGCAUACUGUGGAGGUUGGGAGGGAGGCAAAGCGCACGGCCAUGGAAUCUGCACAGGACCUAAGGGGCAAGGGGAAUUCUCAGGCUCCUGGAAUUACGGAUUUGAGGUGGUCGGGAUCUACACCUGGCCGAGCGGAAACACGUUCGAGGGCUACUGGUCUCAAGGAAAGCGCCACGGCUUGGGCAUAGAGACAAAAGGACACUGGGUAUACAAGGGCGAGUGGACUCACGGCUUCAAAGGAAGGUAUGGCACGCGCCUCAGCCAGGGAAGUGGCGCCAAGUACGAAGGCACAUGGAAUAAUGGACUUCAGGAAGGAUAUGGAACGGAGACUUACGCAGAUGGAGGCACAUUUCAGGGACAGUUCAUGGGCGGCAUGCGUCACGGUUACGGCGUGCGUCAGAGCGUCCCGUACGGCAUGGCCGCCGUGGUCAAGUCUCCGCUGCGCACGUCGCUCACCUCCCUGCGCAGCGAGCACAGCAACGGCACGCUGCUGCAGCAGGACCUGCCGGUCAUCACCACCACCAACGCCUCGGGCCAGGAGACGCUGGUCACUCCGUCCACGCCGGGGCCGUCGCGCGGCGGCUUCGCGCUCUCGCUGCAGUUCGACCCCAGCGCCGUGCCGCCCAAGAAGAAGGGCCUGUUCCGCCGCGGCUCGCUGCUGGGCAAGCUGAAGAAGUCCGAGUCGCGCACCUCGCUGUCCAGCAACAAGAGCAAGAUCAGCUUCCUGGGCCGCAGCGAGUCGGCCAUGAGCUCGGCCAGCGACGCCAACUCCACGGUCAGCCUGGGCGACAGCGAGCCGGAGGGCGAGGGCGGCGACUUCCCCCCGCUGGAGGCCGACAUCGACGCCACCACCACCGAGGUGUACAUGGGCGAGUGGAAGAACGACAAGCGCUCGGGCUACGGCAUCAGCGAGCGCUCCAGCGGCCUCAAAUAUGAGGGCGAGUGGCUCAACAACCAGCGCCACGGCUACGGCAGCACCACCUUCGCCGAGGGCGGCAAGGAGGAGGGCAAGUACGUCAACAACAUGCUGGUCAAGGCGGUCAAGAAGCGCGUCAUCCAGCUCAAGGGCACCAAGAUCAAGCAGAAGGUGGAGCGCAGCGUGGAGGGGGCGCAGAGGGCCGCCGCCAUCGGCAAGCAGAAGGCCGAGAUCGCCGCCUCCAGGACCAACCAUGCGAAGUCCAAGGGUGAGGCCGCCGACCAGUCUGCUCAGGCCGCCAACCAGGAGUCCAGCAUCGCCAGGGUGGUUGCCAGGGAACUGUCCCCAUCCUUCUACCAGCCAGGUCCGGAGUACCUAAAGAAGCGUGCGCUGCAGGAGAUCGCCGAGAGGAACGAGCAUGCUGACCCCAUGUUGCACGAGCCGCUCGGACAGGAGUCCCCGCCCACCCCGCCGGAGAGCCCGUUGGACGGCCUGCGGCCGGCCUCAGCCCCUGUCCGCACCCGCACCCCGUCCCCCUGCCCAGCGGAGCUGGCGGCCGCCCGCGAGGACCCCAACCUGCUGGGGCCCAGCGCCUGGAACGGCGAGAAGGCCAAAGCAGCGUCCGGCAGCCGCGGGAGCAGCAGGCAGGGCAGCCGGCCCACCACCCCCGUGGCGCCCCCUGCAGCGGCGGAGGAGCGUCCAGCCAGCAGCCAGGGUCCCUCGCGCACCCCCAGUCGCCAGAGCAACAAGGCGGAACAGGGCUCGGACAUGGAGAUCCAGCCCCUGCAGAAGAUGGCCGCCGGGGCCAAAGCGGCGGAAUCCGCUCCCGCUGCUGCUGUUGCUGCGGCUGCCGCUCCGGCACCUACACCGUCUCCGGUCCCCGCGCCCUCCCCUGCUCCAGCUGCUGCCCCGACUCCAUCGCCCACACCGCACGCCGCUAAGGCCCCCACACCGUCACGCUCCCCCGUCCCACCCGCCCCACCCACAGAGGAGGAGGAGGAGGAGGAAGAGGCUCCAGCCCCUGGACCGUCCUCCCGGCCCGCCUCCAAAGUCUCCCUCAAAGCGCCCACGCCGGAGCCCCGUCCGCCCUCGUCGGACCUCAGGCCGCGGGCGCCGUCCGUCGCCGAGAGCAGGCCCUCGCCCAAGCCCUCUCCGAGACGCGAGCGCAGCCCCGCGCCCAAAGCCGAGCCCGAGCCCAAAGCGGUGGCCCCCCGCGCCGCGGCCAAGGCUCCUGCCAAGCCCGAGCCCAAGGCGGAGGUCCGACAGAAGGUUGUGAUCAAGACGCCCAGCGAGACGAGGGAGCUCCUACUGCAGGAUGAAGGCCCGAAUACAAUAAUGAUAUGUAUGGUCAUCCUGCUGAAUAUCGGACUAGCCAUACUGUUCGUACACAUCCUUUCCUGAAGCCUUGCAAACCCAGAUUCUCCACCCGUGUGGUGCUUGAGAAGCAGGAGGAGCAUGGCCUCUGUCUUUACGCUGGACCAUUGUGAACAUAGACUCUUCCCUGACGCUCAGGUGGGCUGCUGCCCAGGGAUGACGGCCGAUCCGCUGGAGCAGUCCACUCUGAGCUCCGCCUGAAAGUGGACGAUGCCACCGAUGUCGUCUUCUGCCACUCACGGGCAAGACCUAUACAGACAGACAGACAGACAGACAUACAAGAUAGCUGCUUGGCCCGCCAGCCACCAAGAGCAGUUAUUCCCCCCCACCCACACCCACACCCCACCCCCACCCAACGAGGACGUUCGUCUCCCUCGCUGUUCUGCUCUCGCGUGGAGAGAGGAUGUGGCCUUAUUUGUGAGAGGAUGCAGUAAGCAGCAGGGAGUUGGGAAAGCCGUGUUGUUGGUCUGGAUGAGAUGCUGGCUGUAAGGGGGUUUCGGUAAAGCGCUCUUAGAGUGGAUCAAAUGGAGAUCUAGGAUCUACUUCAUGAUACAGAAAAUGGAGCUCUUUACAGAAUACCUAUACCUGAGAUUCAUCAAGAUGUUUUGAUGGUUGUCUGAUUUUCUUUGUGUUAGAAUUGAGAAGUAGUCUAAUGAAAAUUCAUGAAAUUAAACAAAAUUAUGUUAUAAAACCUAAACAAAGAUGCCAAAUACAUCAAAGAAAAAGAAUAGUAUUCUCUAUUGAUAUAUUAUUUAUGUCACUGGAUUGUUUCUGUUUUCAAGUAAUAUCCAAACAUUAUCUAUCUGUAACUGUACAUGUCCUGAGCAAAAUGUCUUAAAGAGUUUGCUAAUUUCACUGGUAGGCUGCUCAGAGUGUCACACCUGUGAUGAUUUGAUCUGAUCUUUGCACGUUGCAUUUUAGCGGCAGGAAAGAGUAAAAUCGCUUAUUCUUUCACGGUGGCAGAAAUCACUUUUUACCAUGAAUUCAGUUGGUCAUGACGGAAUGCUGUAGUAUUUAUGAAAUGUACUGAUUUGUAACGUGACUUGCUUGCACUUGUCUGACUGUGAGCCGAAGUUCCAUACGAGGGAUGCUUGACAGAGCAAAUGGCGGAGAAGAGAGGAGGGCAAAACCUGGCACUGUGUCAUUUGAGAUCAUGUGAAAGGGCUGUUUGAGUUGGUGCCAUGGAAUGUGUGUCUGCUGGUUGUAUUUGAACACAGCACUGCAACUGUACUGUAGGUGUCUGUGGUUGGGAAGAAGAAUCAGAUUUAAUCUCACUGUUCUGUAGAUAGUUUUUAAAAAUGUCUCGUUUUUUUGGGGUGGUUAAUUAAUCAUGAAAAUUGACUGAGAAAAAAAAAGAAAAUUGAAAAAAGACUAGAAUAUUUAAGAGAUAUGAAUUCAUUUGUUGGAGGCUGUUAUGUUUUUUUUUUUUUUUUUUUUUUUUGCUCAUUUGGUCAUUUUGCAUCUAAAAAUAUGUGAUUGUUAGAAACAUCUACGAUAGCUUGUGGAAUCCAUUAACGUACUGUCCCAUAUUUCAAAUGUGUGCAUGCUGUUCUGAAGGAGUGUUUUCGUACCCUUUUCACAACGAUGCAAACAGGGUCAGAAGUUUGACUUUAGCCGAACUCAAUCAGCCAAUAAAUCUCUGUGACUUUAUGCAGCGUGUCUCUGUAGUUCCACUGGAUUUUAUUUAGAAAAAAAAACUAAAUCUCUGCUAGAACCUCAGGUAUUAUUGCGCUGUAGGAAGUAGAGUGUCACUGACAUGAACAUACACAAACACACACACUAACACACUCUAUCAUUACGAUCCCACUGAUUGGGCUUCUAGAUGUUUUUGAAGGCUAUCUCUGUGUCAGCUGAAAUUUAUGUUACAGGUGUGAAUGUUCACUCAAAUAAUUGUAUUUCACCUUUUUGUUAACUAAAAUGUGUAUUUAUGGAUGUUUACUUGUAUGUUUUAAUCUGCUGGCAGCAUCCCAGUGUAGAGACAUUUUUGUUUGUUUAGCUAAUUAUUUUAUCUUCAUGUAACCCUGUGGUCACAUUGAUAAAAGGCCCCAAGUUGUAGGUUGGAUGUGAUUGAGGCCCUCACUGAAGCCUGUCAUCUAGAUAUUUAUUUCUGAUUCUGCUUUGCAUCAGUCAAAUUGAAAUAAAACUAUUUUUCAGCUCAAACUUAA